GAGUCAAUGGGUGUCCUUCAUUGCAUGUACUUUGAUACAACUGAAAAUCAGAUGGCUCAUGACCUCUAUCUGCCAACUGAGUUCCACAAUGGUGAGAGGAGAAAUGAGGCGAGUGCUCUUAGUCUCAGUCUAUCGGCCAUGGCUGGCUGUCCCUUCCCUUACCUUGCCACAUUGAUGGACAUUUCUUCCACCUGGUUCAUUCCCUUCUCAGAUGCAACUAGAAACCAUAAGAGGCUAAAGCGGGGACUAGGCACUGAUCAAUCCAUCAGGAGUAAUAGCUAUAGCAGUCUUUAUGAUGAUGGUUGCAAUGGGAGAACAAAUAGCUUGAAUAGCCUGCUGGGACUCCAGUAUCAGGAUCAUAUAUGGGGCAAUGCUCAGAGGUACCUUGCAGUUGAGGCAAUAGAAGUAGAUGCUGCAGCCAUGUUGGGGGGUGGGGUGGACGCAGUCCUGAAAGAAGGGAGCGAUGAUGGGAUGAAACUAGUCCAUCAGCUCAUCACCUGUGCCAAGGUUGUGGCCUUCCGAGACAAAUCACAUGCCUCUGCAUUACUAUCUGAGCUUCGGGCUAAUGCCCUUGUCUUUGGAACAUCAUUUCAGCGAGUUGCUUCCUGCUUUGUCCAAGGACUCUCAGACCGUCUCUCUCUGAUUCAGUCACUUGGGGCAGUUGGAGUUGGGGGCUGCACAGUAAAAACAAUGGAUGUUACCCCAGAAAAGGAAGAGGCCUUCCGCCUUUUCUUUGAGAUUUGUCCGCAAAUUCAAUUCGGUCACUUGGCAGCCAAUGCAUCAAUAUUGGAAGCCUUUGAGGGAGAGAGUUCAGUCCAUGUUGUGGAUUUGGGCAUGAACCUAGGUUCACCCCAGGGCCAGCAAUGGCGCAGCCUAAUGCACAGCCUAGCCAACCGGGCAGGCAAGCCACCUAGCAGCCUCCAAAUAACUGGUGUUGGAACCGCUGCUGAAUGCCUCAAAGACAUCAUUGAUGAGCUAGAGGUCUAUGCAGAAAGCUUGGGAAUGAACUUCCAAUUCUCAAUGGUGGAAAGCAACUUAGAGAACCUUCAACCUGAAGAUAUCAAUCUCCUUGAAGGGGAGGCUGUUGUUGUCAAUAGCAUCCUUCAGUUGCAUUGUGUAGUGAAAGAAAGCCGAGGGGCCUUAAAUUCGGUUCUACAGAAAAUACGCGAGCUAUCACCAAAGGCUGUGGUUCUAGUUGAGCAGGACGCAAGCCACAAUGGGCCCUUCUUUCUGGGGAGGUUCAUGGAGGCAUUGCAUUAUUAUUCAGCUAUCUUUGAUUCACUAGAUGCAAUGCUGCCUAAGUAUGACACGAGGAGAGCCAAGAUGGAGCAGUUCUAUUUUGCAGAGGAGAUUAAGAACAUAAUAAGCUGUGAGGGGUCAGCUAGAGUGGAAAGGCACCAAAGGCUUGACCAGUGGCGCAGAAGGAUGAGCCGUGCCGGGUUUCAAUCAUCGCCUAUGAAGAUGAUAACAGAGGCCAAGCAGUGGCUAGAGAAGGUUAAGCUUUGUGACGGUUACACCAUUGUGGACGAGAAGGGGUGCUUGGUUCUUGGAUGGAAGUCUAAGCCCAUCAUUGCAGCUUCUUGCUGGAAAUGCUCCUAAAUCAGAUCACGAGCUUGCCCAAAUAAAGCUGAUCAUCAGACCAUUGCAGCUUCACUGUCACAAAAACUAGUGUGAUCCAUGGAGAAUAAGAAGACCGAAGUGUCUAUAAGGUCAGACUUCUGAAAUAAAGAGAAAAGAGUAUGGUGGGCAUGUUGAGCUCAAGGAUCCUUGUUUCAAUAAUUCUCAAGAACAUGUAGUGAAGCAAUCAGUGCUAUUGUAAAAAUUGCUAACAUAUAAAUCUAAGCUUUUGAGCUAAAUAAUAGUUACAAGCUUCAAUCUCAUCCAAUUGCUUGUUUGGUGCUGCUGAUGAUAGAUUUGCUAGGCAUGUAGGUCCUUGAAAAGACAAAGAACCAGGGAUGAGUGUAGUCUCAGAUAAAUGUUGU